CCGGGUUUGAAGUGGCGCGGGGCAGGCGGGCGGGGGCUCUGGCUACGGCCUGAUCCUUCUCUGCUGGGGGCCUAUCGGUGCCCCGCAUCUUCAGUCCUCCCUCUGGGACUCCGGCCUUGUCCCUUCGCCCGCCUAGCUUAGCCCUGCCCAGCCUUGUCGGGAGGGACGUGCGGGCCUGGCCGGGCGGGAGCCGAAGCUCAGAGAACGAGAGGGAGGCCGAGGCGUUGCUCCCCGAGCCUCACCGCUGUGUCAUCUUGCUCGCUCGCUCUCUCCUUUUCUUUUCUUUCCUUUUUUCUUUUCCUUUUUUUCCUGAGCAGUCUCAAGUUGCGUUGUCAUUGGAAGGGGGGAGAGAGAGGCAGCUAAAAGUGCACCGAAAUGGCCACAGAGCUCGACUUUCUGAGAGACCAAAAUCAGAGACUAAAUGCAGUACUUAAGCGAUAUCAAAUGGAAAAUCUUUCCAAAUAUUCACCUGAACGGAAAACUGUCUUACAUGGCAAUGGAGAUGACACAUUAGAAGCCACUAUGACUGACAGAAGCUUUUUAGCUCCUCUUAUUUCUGAGUAUGAUAAACAUCUAGAAGAGGUGAACAGGCAACUAGAAUAUUAUCAGAAACAGGUUGGGGAGAUGACACUACAACUUGAAAAUGUUGCUAAGGAAAAUGAAAGGUUGCAUGGUGAACUAAAAGAAGCUGUCGAAAAGCAGUUAGAGGUCCUUCCCUUUGGUACUUUAUUGGACACUGAUGUGUUUACAGAUGAAGAAAUGGUCAAGAACCUACAAGAGCAGUUACAACUAGUUAAUCAAGAGAAAAACCAGGCUGUGGAACUCUGGCAGACAGUUUCACAGGAGUUAGACAGACUACAGAAACUCUAUCAAGAUCAUAUGACUGAUACCCAAAUUUAUGUACUUGAAAGACAAAAACAGAAGGAUCAGCUGACUAACUUUAAGCAACUGACACAACAACUUCAUGUAGCUAAUGAGAACAUAGAAAUGACUAACCAACAGUUUCUGAAAACAGUAACUGAACAGAACGUGGAAAUUGAGCAACUACGCAAACAACUUAGACAAGCCAAAUUAGAUCUCAGAGUUGCUACAGCAAAAGUGGAAGAAAUGACCAAAUUAGUCGAAGAUCUUCAAGGACAGAUGCAAAAGAAGGUAGAAGAUAUGGAAUCUGCCCAAGGAAGAGAGGAAGCAUCAGACAGGCGGUUACACCAGUUACAAUCUAGUAUAAAACAGCUAGAAACAAGGUUAUGUGUAACAAUCCAAGAAGCUGACCAACUAAGAACAGAAAAAACUAAUCUGGAAAAACAGACAAAAGAGCUUCAAGUAAAAUUUGCUGACUUAGAAAAUGAGAAGUAUGAAGCAAUUGUAAGGGCCAGGAACAGCAUGCAACUCUUAGAAGAAGCUAACCUUCAGAAAAAUCAGGCAUUGCUUGAAGAGAAACAAAAAGAAGAAGAUAUUGAGAAAAUGAAAGAAACAAUUUCUCAACUUGUACAAGACGCUGCUAUACGAACCAGGAAAGAAGUGGCAAAUACAAGAAAACAGUAUAAUUUACAGAUUUCUCAAUUAACAGAAGAACUUUCUGCCCUUCAAAUGGAAUGUGGAGACAAACAGGGCCAAAUUGAACGGGCCAUUAGAGAAAAGCGGGCAGUGGAAGAAGAACUGGAAAAGAUUUACCGAGAAGGCAGAGGAAAUGAAGAUGAUUAUAGGAAACUAGAAGAAAUGCACCAGAGGUGCUUAAUUGCAGAACGUGCCAAGGAUGAUCUUCAGUUAAGACUUAAGACAGCACAAAACAGAAUUAAACAACUUGAGAUAAAUUCUGAAGAAGAGAUGUCACGUAGCCAGGAAAGGAUUCAAAAGCUUCAGAGUGUUUUAGAGUCUGAAAGAGAGAACUGUGGCACCGUCAGUGAACAAAGGCUGAAACUUCAGCAAGAAAAUGAACAGUUGCAAAAAGACACCGAGGAUUUGAGAAAAAUUGCUUUGGAGGCUCAACAAAAAGCCAAAUUAAAGAUCAGCACAAUGGAGCAUGAAUUUUCAGUAAAGGAGCAUGGAUAUGAAAUUCGUUUGAGAGAGCUGGAAGAUAGUAAUCAUAAUUCCACUGUUGAAUUGAGACGUCUGUUAGUAGCUCAACAGAAGGCAACCAAUCGGUGGAAAGAUGAAACAAAAAAGAUUACAGAAGCUGCAGAAACUAGGAUCAGCAGCUUAAAAAGUGAGCUGAAUCGACAGAAACUUCAUACCCAAGAAUUACUUUCUCAGCUGGAAACUGCAAAUGAAAAGGUAGUUGAGAAUGAAAAGAUAAUUAUGGAACAUCAAGAAAAAACCAACAGACUUCAAAGACGCCUGAGUCAGGCAGAACAAAGAGCAGCUUCAGCCUCUCAGCAGCUCAGUGUGAUUACAGUACAGAGAAGAAAAGCAGCCUCCAUGAUGGAUCUGGAAAAUAUUUAAAAAUAUGCCAUCGUUCAUUCACAUCCCUUUAGAGUUGGGAAAGCUGUCAGAGUAGCUGUAUAUUGGAAUGCGAAAGCCUGAAGCGUAUGCUUAGGUUUGUGUCAUUGUGCAUAAGCAGUUUCCUGUUUGGGGGGAUAGGAAAGCCAAACAGUGACAUCUUCACAGUAAGUAAAGGAAAUAGACUACAAAAAUAUAGUCCCCUAAUGAACUUCAGUGGAGAAUAAAGCCAUCUCAGAAGAGUUCAUUCCUUUCAUGAAACUGUCUAUUUGUUUACUUGCCUUUUUCCCCUCUAAAAAUCCAAAGUGUUUAUUACAACUCUAAUCAUGAAAAAAUGCUAGAAGCUUAAUAUUUCUACCUUCAAGAAUUUGUGGACUUUACAACUGAUCAUAACUUCUAAUCAAUUUUCAUAUUUCCUAAACGUCCAUUUUCU